AUAUUUUAAGUAUCAAGAGAAAAUAUGAAAAUACAGAUGAUUUUUAUAAUCAAUUCCUUAGUAAUUUGUUAAAACAAUUAUUAUUGAUGGAUCCAUACCGUAAAGUGAAAUACGUAUUGCUACUAUUACUAUUACCUAGAGUCAGAACAAAUGCCUUUCUUAAGAUUCAAGUGGAUUUUGUGCAGCGGACUUUAGAGGUAUUGCAUAAUACGACAAUUGCACCACGAUCUGCUCAAUUGCUCGCGUCUUUCUUUGAACAGUCUUUAAAAGAGUUACUAGAGACAUCUACUAAACAAAUUGAACCUAAUAAUGAAACGAAAAAAACUUUUGAAAUGCAGAAAGAGGCUGCAAUUAAUGAUUGGAUUGAUUUAUGGUUAACACCUGUAUGUCAAUGUCUUACAUCACCUAACGAUACUCUACGUAAGAAUAUCGGUGGUUUUAUUUUAAAACCUUUAUUUAAAGUUGAUCCACUAUCGUUCUGGAAAAUUUUGGAUAUAAUUAAAUAUAAUAAAUUAUCCAAUGAUUUUGUGAAAGAUGAACAUUAUCGAUUAAAUGCUUUAAUAAUAAUCAUUAAAAUUGCCAGAUCAUUGGAUUUAGUUGAUGGUAGAAUGCUGAUCGAUGAUGAAUCAGAUUCAUGUGAUGAUAAAAAGGUCAAGCUACAAUCUCUUCGUAAUGCGAUAUAUCAUAUAGAUCCAAACCUUCGAAUUGAUGUCCUUGGCCUAAUCAGCGAAUCACAAAAAUCAACAACAGAAGUGACAUCGACUGAACUUUCACUUUUAAAAUCAUUUUUCGAAUUGAAUCUAAAUUCAACUUCUCCUGAAUUUAGACAGAAGAUGUAUGGACAUUUGAAUAAAUUAUUUUCUAGACUUCAAGGAAAUUUGUAUGCUCAAUGGAGAGAUUAUAAAUCUCUUGUAAAAUAUGUAGAAAAUAACAACUCCACCAUUAAAAAUAUAGAAGUUUCACAAGCGUUAUUGGAGGCAGAGCAAUUAAAACAUAAGAUUGAUAUUUCGCAAAAUUUUUUGAACUGGUUAAUUGAAUUAUUGGUUGCUUCGUUAUAUCCUGGUGCAUCGUUUCAGAGAGUGUCUUGCGCGCUUAAAAUAUUUAUCAUAUUAAUUAGAACAUUUGGCCUUCGUAAUGAAUCUUCGUUUACGAAAGAAUAUGUAGAUAAACAAAAUGAGUCGUCAAGUUUUCCUUUUCAGCUCCCGCUUGUUACAACUAGGAAUGCACAAUUAAUAUUAAAUUGUCUAAUGAAUUCGUUUGACGAAAUCCGAACGUUAUCAUAUGAAAUACUAGAAAUGUUUCCUUCGCCAUUACCAGGAAUUGAAUUAUUCGAUGAUGUGCAGGAAAUUUUGCUUUGGGCGUUUCAGUUAAUGACUAGCACGAGAGCUGGUGAAAGUGAUAGUGGUGCUACAAUAUUUAGCCUAAUAUUUUCAAAAUAUGUGUUAAAACUUGGAUAUGAUUUGGACGUGGAAUUAGAUAAAAGUCCUCCUGUCUCCUCUUUGGGUUCGGAAUUUAAUGAUAAAUCAACUGCAUUCAUUGGGAAAUUAAUGGUACUUUUAGAGAAGCAAAUUAAAAUUGCAUCUCAGAACCUACUACUUGCAUCUCGAAAAUAUCCAAUGCAUGGAACAUUACUCGCACUCCAAUAUAUAUUUCAAAAACUAGACUACAAUUCCACAAUUAUAAAGUGUAAUUUAAUGGAAUGGCGCAUUGUUCAUGACAAAGUUAUCUCAUUGACUAAUCAAGUGUGUCAAAUAGUGCUUGAAAUAUUAUCAGAUCCGUCACCUGAAGGAAAUGUUCCUACAUCAUUUCAAGAGAUGGAUGAGUUUAUUGAAGAAUUUGUUUAUUCAAGCAACGAUGUGGAUGUGGAAAGUGAUGAGGGACCUAAACAUCAAGUCAUAUUAAGUUGUUGCUGGAGAGCUGUGAAAGAAGCAAGCGCUCUCUUGUCCAUAAUAUUGUCGAGAGCGCCAAUGGCUACUACUUUAAUAGAUAAUGAAGCAAUACUUAAUUAUGAACAAGUUCGAGACGGAGGUACAUUAUUUCGAACGUUAUUGACAUCUAUACGCCAUAGGGGUGCAUUUUCAGCAGUAUAUCCAGGAUAUGUAUCAAUCUGUUCUCGAUUGCUAGAUUCACCGCAAAUAGAGUUUAUUGAAUUGCCUAAAACGUGGCUUAAAGAGGACAUUUGUGCAAUAACAACAAAUUCAAUAUCAAUAACUCGUCGAAGUGCUGGCCUUCCAUUCUGCAUCUUGGCAAUAGUUAGUAGUGAACCAAGUACUCAAAAAAUACUACUUCCAUGGGCCAUGAAAACUUUACUAGACAUUGGUUCCCAAAAUAUUUCAUCUGAUGGAGACAUUGAUCAACAAAUUGUUGAUUUACCUCAAGUUCAUGCUUUUAAUAUUUUGAGAACAAUAUUUAUGGAUGCUAAAUUAGGAGCAGAUGUUUUACCUUAUGUUUCUGACGGAUUUAUGUUGGCUAUUAAUGGGUUUUGUUCAUAUAGUUGGGCCAUUCGAAAUUGCUCAGUAAUGCUAUUUUCUACGCUUUUGCAAAGGACUCUUGGUACAAAGAAAACAAAAGAUGAACACCAUUCUAUUAACCAAUUAACUAGUCGCGAAUUCUUUUCAAGGUUUCCAAAAUUACAUCCCUUUCUAGUGGAUGAACUUAAAAUUGCAGUUAAUCAACUUGUAAAACCAGCACAG